GGCCUGUCAGGGUUUUCGACAUUAAUCCCACUGCGGGAAGUAGCAAUGUUCAGCAGUUUCUCGAUAUGAAGGAACGUAAGUUACCUUCUCUCCCCUCCAGCGAACCAGCUUUCGCCUCCAGCACCUUCUUCAUCGGAAUCAUCAUCAGAUCCACCAAGUGGUGGCCCUCGUGGUGCUUGUGAGGCCGAUCGUGCCCAGUCUGCGGGAAGCGGUUCCGCAGCUCCUCCUAGGGUUCUUCCCCCUCCUGCAGUCUGUGUAUUGUUUUCAGGGUCGUUGGACAUUGGUCGGAAGUCAAUGCUGAAAUCAGGAAAGAAACAGCCUAUCGUGAUUAUCACAAUUGGAAUGGCUGGCAGUGGCAAGACCACAUUCGUCCAACGUAUAAAUGCCCAUUUGCACCAGCGCAACUCCCCACCCUAUAUCGUUAACCUUGAUCCUGCUGUGGCCCAUGUACCUUUCGAUGCCAACAUUGACAUAAGAGAUACCGUAAACUAUGAAGAAGUAAUGAAACAGUAUAAUCUAGGUCCUAACGGUGGCAUCCUCACUUCCCUUAAUUUGUUCACGACUAAAUUCGACCAGGUGCUCAAUCUUAUCGAGAAGAGAGCCGAGACAGUCGAUUAUGUUAUACUGGAUACACCUGGGCAAAUCGAAAUAUUCACAUGGUCUGCCUCUGGUGCUAUCAUCACCGAUGCCAUCGCAUCAUCCCUGCCGACGGUGGUCGCAUACAUCAUCGACACACCAAGGUCAGUUGCUCCGGCAACAUUCAUGUCAAACAUGUUGUACGCCUGUAGUAUCUUGUACAAGACAAGACUCCCUUUCGUUCUUGUCUUCAACAAAACAGACGUCACACCCCAUGACUUCGCUGUGGGGUGGAUGAAGGAUUUCGAGGCAUUCCAAGCGGCUCUUGCGGAGAGAGGCAGCCAGGUAGAUGGUCCGAAUGGGAAUGGCGAACCGACGUACAUGGACAGUCUAAUGACAAGCAUGAGCCUAGUGUUGGAUGAGUUUUAUAAGCACCUCACUGCGGUUGGGGUUUCAUCAGUUACAGGAGAAGGGGUGGCGGACUUCUUUAAGGCUGUUGACGAGGCUGGGAUAGAGUAUGAGAAUGAGUACAGGCCAGAGAAUGAACGCCUCAUGAAGCAAAGGGAAGACAUCCUGAGGGAUCAUCAGGAGGAGUCUGUGAGUAGGCUCAUGAAAGAUCUCAAGGUUAGAGAGCCUUGGAAAGGGCCUGGUCGGGACCCGCGGGAAGAUUCGUGGGUAGAAGCUGAAGCGGAAGGGGAAGAGGAAGACUCUGGAGAGGAUAUUGAUAAGAGUGAGUGUUUCACAUAUGUUAGGGGAUAUGGCUUUUGAACCACUCUCGCCAGCCAUGAUAAAGUAUGGCAGUUUACGUGAGGAGC